AUGCGACCGUUGGGGCGGGGCUGGGACGAGUGUCCCCGGGUGCGUCUGCGCGGCCUAGCACCGCCCCUGACGCACGCUCCCGCCCCCUCCGAACCGCGGAGCCACCUCACAAAGCGGCGACCGUUCACCGGCGACGCGAACGGCGAGAUCCAGCGGCACGCGGAGCAGCAGGCGCUGCGCCUCGAGGUGCGCGCUGGCCCGGACGCGGCGAGCAUCGCUCUCUACAGCAAUGAAGAUGUGUGUGUGUUUAAGUGCUCGGUGUCCCGAGAGACGGAGUGCAGCCGUGUGGGCAAGCAGUCCUUCAUCAUCACCCUGGGUUGCAAUAGCGUCCUCAUCCAGUUCGCCACGCCCAACGAUUUCUGCUCCUUCUACAAUAUCCUGAAGACCUGCCGGGGCCACACACUGGAGCGCUCUGUCUUCAGCGAACGGACGGAGGAGUCCUCAGCUGUGCAGUACUUCCAGUUUUAUGGCUACCUGUCACAGCAGCAGAACAUGAUGCAGGACUACGUGCGGACAGGCACCUACCAGCGUGCGAUCUUGCAGAACCACACAGACUUCAAGGACAAGAUUGUUCUGGAUGUUGGCUGUGGCUCUGGGAUCCUCUCGUUUUUUGCUGCCCAAGCUGGAGCCAGGAAGAUCUACGCAGUGGAGGCCAGCACCAUGGCCCAGCACGCGGAGGUCUUAGUGAAGAGUAACAACCUCACUGACCGCAUCGUGGUCAUCCCUGGGAAAGUGGAGGAGGUGUCCCUCCCUGAGCAGGUCGACAUCAUUAUCUCGGAGCCCAUGGGUUACAUGCUCUUCAACGAGCGCAUGCUGGAGAGCUACCUCCAUGCCAAGAAGUACCUGAAGCCCAGCGGAAACAUGUUCCCCACCAUUGGUGAUGUUCACCUCGCCCCCUUCACGGAUGAACAGCUCUACAUGGAGCAGUUCACCAAGGCCAACUUCUGGUACCAGCCGUCCUUCCAUGGAGUGGAUCUGUCAGCCCUCCGAGGCGCCGCUGUGGAUGAGUAUUUCCGGCAGCCUGUGGUGGACACAUUUGACAUCCGGAUCCUGAUGGCUAAGUCUGUCAAGUACACAGUGAACUUCUUAGAAGCCAAAGAAGGAGAUUUGCACAGGAUAGAAAUCCCAUUCAAAUUCCACAUGCUGCAUUCAGGGCUGGUUCACGGCCUGGCCUUCUGGUUUGAUGUUGCUUUCAUCGGCUCCAUAAUGACUGUGUGGCUAUCCACGGCCCCGACGGAGCCCCUGACCCACUGGUACCAAGUACGGUGCCUGUUCCAGUCACCUCUCUUCGCCAAGGCCGGGGACACGCUCUCAGGGACAUGUCUGCUUAUUGCCAACAAAAGACAGAGCUACGACAUCAGUAUUGUGGCCCAGGUAGACCAGACGGGCUCCAAAUCCAGUAACCUCCUGGAUCUGAAGAACCCCUUCUUCAGAUACACAGGCACGACACCCUCGCCCCCACCUGGCUCUCACUACACGUCACCCUCAGAGAACAUGUGGAACACGGGCAGCACCUACAACCUCAGCAGUGGGAUGGCUGUGGCUGGGAUGCCGACGGCCUAUGACCUGAGCAGUGUUAUUGCUGGGGGCUCCAGCGUGGGCCACAACAACCUGAUUCCUUUAGCCAACACGGGGAUUGUCAAUCACACCCACUCCCGGAUGGGUUCCAUAAUGAGCACGGGGAUUGUCCAAGGGUCCUCAGGCGCCCAGGGCAGCAGUGGCGGUGGCUCAGGAACCCACUACGCUGUCAACAGCCAGUUCACCAUGGGCGGCCCUGCCAUCUCCAUGGCCUCGCCCAUGUCCAUCCCCACCAACACCAUGCACUACGGGAGCUAG